AAGGUUGCAACACUGUGCACAUCAUGUCUUGGCAUUAAUUCAGCUGGAGCUGUGGAGAGUGACAAGCUAGCCAAAGAUGAAAGCAAUGCCUCCUGGUUACUGAAACAUGACAAAUCAGAGGGAGAGUGGAAGAAAAGCCAUUUAUCACAAAGUUGGAGUUGACAACAGUUUUUCUGCAGUGUUGUGCAUAGGUGCAUUUUCCCUCUUUGAGGAGCAGUGAUAUGGACACCAGGUGUGGUGACGCUGAGCUCUCUGUGGGUGUGUGUAGGAUGUUGUGUCAGGGCUAAAGCCCAUCCCUCUCCCAUGAGCCUGUGUGCCCACACACACACCUGGCGCCUCCACGCACACACCCGGCGCCCACGCACGCACAGCCGGCACUGACGCUGUGAACUGGACCCUCGGAGCCCAGCCGAUCCCAGCUGAGCCAAGCGGAGCGGAGUCUAACCCAGUUGGAGCCUGAGGAUGUCAACAGAGACAGAGCUACAACCAGCGGUCAGGCCCAGCAGCGUAAGACGGGACUCCAAGAGGAAAGGGCAGGAUCGCAGCGAGACAGCUCUCAUCAGGCGUUUUAAGGGCGAUGGCGUCCGCUACAAGGCCAAGCUCAUUGGCCUGGACGAGGUUACCGCCGCCCGUGGAGACAAACUCUGCCAGGACUCGAUGAUGAAGCUCAAGGGUAUAGCUGCAGCAGCACGGUCUAAAGGAGAACACAAACAGAAGGUGUUCCUGACCGUUUCCUUUGGAGGGAUCAAAAUCUUUGAUGAGAAGUCAGGGGUCCUCCAACACCACCAUGCUGUCCAUGAGAUCUCUUACAUUGCCAAGGACAUCACGGACCACCGAGCCUUUGGCUAUGUCUGCGGAAAAGAAGGGAACCACCGCUUUGUGGCUAUCAAAACCGCACAGUCGGCUGAACCUGUGAUUCUGGACCUGCGGGACUUGUUCCAGCUCAUCUAUGACAUAAAGCAGAGAGAGGAGAGGGAGAAGAAGGCCCAAAAAGACAAGCAGUGUGAGCAGGCGGUGUACCAGACAAUACUGGAGGAGGAUCUGGAGGACCCUGUCUACCAGUACAUUGUGUUUGAGGCGGGACACGAGCCCAUCCGUGACCAAUCAGAAGAGAGCAUUUAUCAGGUUCCCACCAGUCAGCAGAAGGAAGGGGUCUAUGACGUCCCAAAGCGACACCCAAAUGGACACAAAAAAAAACCCCACCACCGUCACCAGCACCAUCAUCAACAUCAUCAUUCUCAUGAACAACCCUUUCACCAAGAACAAACUGAACAGCAGCAGCAGUCGCUGUCAGGGGCACAUCUGAUAGACUUAGACCUGGAUAUGGUGACUCAGAAUAUCAACCAAUUAGAAAUUUUUGGAGACAUGUCUACGCCUCCUGACAUCACCUCUCCAUCUACUCCCGCCUCUCCAGCCAACACCCUGGACCCCUCACAGGGCUUGCAGCCUCCCACGGAACUGUUUGCUCCCUUCAAUCCUGCGUCUGUGCCCUCAGGUUAUGUGACGAUGGGAGCAGUACCUCCUGGCCACUGGUCCCAGCAGGCUUUUGCUGCCCAGACUCCGCUGGCCUUCGGGGUCCAGUCUCCUCUAGGCCCGGUGGCCCAGGUGCUGCCAGGUGGCCAGCCUCUCAUCUGGGGCCAGGCCAACAUCUUCCCUGCCACCCAGCAGCAGUGGGCAGCCAUGGCAGCAGGAGCCUUCCCCCCCACAGCCUACCUCCCAGCCCAGCCUGUGGGCACCCUGCCCGCCGCCAUGUUCCAGACUCUCACCCCCGUCACGACUGUGACUCCAGCCGGCGAGAGCCAUUCGAGCACUGGAGCCAGCGCUUCAGCUCCUUCCCCUUCAGCAUCUUCGAGUCCACAGCAUGGGGAGAGAGGAAAGAAGAUUGGAAAGGAGAUGUUCAAGGAUUUUCAGCUGGCGAAGCCUCCGGCCAUGCCUUCGAAGAAGGCUGAUCAGCCCAGUUUAGCAGGAACCUCAGAGGCAUUCAGCACUUACUUCAACCGUGUGGGCACUGCCCAGGACACAGAUGACUGUGAUGACUUUGACAUUUCUCAGAUGAAUCUGACACCAGUCACCUCCACAACACCAUCCACCAACUCCCCACCCACCCCAGCUCCUAGGCAGAGCUCCCCCUCAAAAUCCUCAGCCUCUCACGUCAGUGACCCCCCCACCGACGCCACAGACCCCCCCACGGACGACUCAUUUGGCGAAGCAGAGGGCAGUCCCAGUCGCAGUGGAGAGGAAGAUGCUGCAUGUGGUUCUGGGUCGCCCUGCCCCAGCGAGACAGCAGAGCCCAGCCCAGAUCAGGCCAGUCCAGAGGCUGGGAGCUAGAUAGCAGCAGGGCAAGAAGAGGAAAGACCCUCUCUACGCCCAGAUUAACAAAGGGAAGAAAUAAAGAGACAUACAGGAAGACAGACCUGACCAGCACUGAGAGAACAGGAGGAGAACCCUUAACCUCUGUUUGUGUGAGUGCGUGUGUGCGUGCAUGUCUGGCACAUCCCCGCCUGGCCAAGCCCUUCUUCUUCUCCUCCAGCUAACAACCUCCCAGGAGGAGCUUCCACACUCCCACAGUCCUCCUCCUCCUCCUCCUGUCUGCAGUCUUUCCUCCUCCUGAGAGGGGAGAGCCCUCUUGGUCAUUCACUCCAGGCAGGAAGGGAUAUCAAUCACUGAGACGGAUCCAGUUCUCCCUCCACUGCGCUGUCUUCUCCUCUCCUCUCCUCCCUUCUCCCUGUGGCGACUCACACCCAGCCUUACAGAUAGAACCUGCUCCUCUCCUCUCUGCCCCCCCGUUCCCUUCCUCCUCCUUUGCUCUCCUUCCUCUGCCUCCUGUGUCUGGCCAGAGACUGUGCUGCCAAGAAGGGACUGAAUCAUGCAGUGCCUCCCCGUCUCUGACACUCCCUCACACACGCACGCUCAUCGGGAUUAGAACGAUCACCUUUUGUUUUAAUGGACAGAAUCUCCAUCUGUAGUGAGGAGAUCCCAUAGGAGGAGCCAGACUAUUAAUGGGCCUAUCAGGGAUGGCCCGUUACUGGGAUCACUGCUUCUGAUUGGUUGGCUGGUUCGGGGAGUUUAACCCCAUUCUUGUGAGUGUCUGCUGGAUCACUAUGCAGAAACAGACUCUCUGGGAGCUACUCACACACCAACGACAUACAUCUUGCACACAGGAAUCAGCUUACAUACUCUCACACAUGCAAACACAUACACACAGUCCACCUUCUCUGACAUGCAUACACACAGUAAUUUGCCAAACGUCUCUCCUCGCAGACAGACUCAUAUAGAGGCCAGAGGACCAGACAUGCUGAAGAAAAGACCCUGAGAGGGAAGUGUUGCAAGUUAAACAGAUUCUGUGAUUGAACUGUUCAUUCUCUAUAGCUUUUGUACAAUACUGAUUAAAAAAGAAGAAGAAAUUGAAAAAUUUGAAUUUUUAUUUUAUAAGUCAAUCAAGCCGCUGGGGUCAGCUCUAUAGGAGAUAUAGAGUCAACAUGGCUUUAAGGCAUCUGAUCGUUGGUUUGCCAAACUCAUUUUGUAAAUAAUGAUAACAACCAUUCUGUCCACUGGACUUCUGUGCCAUAAAAUAGGAAGGCUUCAGUUAUGCAACUCUUGACGUUAACCCAAGCAAUACCAACAUAUGUUUUCUUUUUCCUGUUGUCUGUUUCAUUCGCCUCCCCCCCCUUCUGUGCAUAGAUGUUGUGAACCAUUAAUUACUCUGGUUCCAGCCCUAAAGCCUGCACCGUGCCCUUCUGUGUCUUCUUGAGUUCCCACCUAAAAACACUAUAUCGCAGUCCUGAGCUUUUGUAUCACAAGACUAUCAUUUUUAUGUUGCAGGCAGCAGUCAGGGUCUCACUCACUCACUGUAGCCCAGACUGCUCCUCUCCUCCAUCCCAUUCUCCCAGACUAGUCUAGAAGAUAACAGCGAUGCUCUGCCCAUCUGUCUGUCUGUUGGUCAGGUGCCAAACUGCUGCUGUCUGAGUGUGGACUGCAGCAUCCUCUGCUACAACUACAUCAACUGUGAUGCCAAUGACUCCCUAUUUUAUGGCCAGAGUCCCCAUGUCACUCGAGAACUCUUUUGGACUAUGAAGCUGAUUAACUUUAAAACUUUGAGAACUAGAUGAUGAGCAAAGACGUUGAAUAAAAAGGGAAACGUUGCUGUUUGAGUACAUAACAUUUCUAGACCUAUUUUAACUUUACCUCAGCUAACAGUUUCUUAAUGUAAAUUGACACAUUAUUUUUAUCUUUAUGAAUAUGACAUUCUACAGUGGGUUUUUAGAUGAUUUUUUUUGGUUCUAUCUUGAUUUACGUAUUCCACCAUGUAUUACUGUUACAAAUAAACACAUCCCAAAUGACUAA